AUGGGUCAAAUGAAUGGUUCCAACAAUGACGAGUACGUAAGGCUAUUAGGAGCAUGGCCUAGCCCUUUCGUGCUGAGGACUCGGAUCGCACUUAACCUAAAGCGCGUACCGUAUGAGUAUCUCGAAGAAGAAGAUACUUUGAACUCGGAGAGCGUGUUAAACUACAACCCUGUCCACAAACAGAUCCCUAUCCUCAUCCAUGGUAAUAAACCAAUCCGUGAAUCUCUCAACAUCGUCAUGUACGUCGAUGAAACUUGGCUCUCUGGUCCUCCCAUCCUUCCCUCUGAUCCCUUUGAUCGUGCCGUCGCUCGCUUUUGGGACGUCUACAUCGAUGAACACUGUUUCACAUCAAUCAAUGGAGUGGCAGUAGCAAAAGAUGAGGAGGAGAGAAAGGCGGCGAUAGGGAAGCUAGAGCAGUGUAUGGCUCUAUUGGAAGAAACGUUUCAAGAAUGCAGCAAAGGAAGAGGCUUCUUUGGAGGGGACAACAUUGGAUUCAUCGAUAUUGGUUUUGGGUCGAUGUUGGGUCCUCUCAAGGUUCUCGAGAAAUUUACCGGUGUCAAGUUCAUACAUUCAGAGAACACACCAGGUCUUUUCCAUUGGGCAGAUAGAUUCUAUGCUCAUGAAGCAGUCAAACCUGUCAUGCCCGAUAUCGAGAAGCUGGUCGAGUUCGCUAGGCUCAAGUUUAAUACAUCAAUCUUUAAAUGA